AUGGCCAGCUUCGCCUGGCCUGGCCUGGCCUGGGCCGUCUUUGAGGCGACCUGCGAUAUAAAGACCCACCUGGACUCCAGCGUCCGACGACCUCCCUCUGGCUCCCCACCACCGACGACUCUCUCGCCUGUCCUUUGCCUCUCCUGCGCUCCAGCAUCACCACCGACCGACGGCCACCGACCGCCUCGAUCUGCAAGACCCAUCGACCUCAGCAGGCCAUCAGCUUGCCAACGCAGAAGCCACCUCAGACCACGCCCAAAAGCCCCUUCCUAUUCGCCCAAGAUGGACGCCCUCGCCGGUCACCCCAAAGCCAUCCGCAUCGCCGGCCGCCGCAUGAGCCAGAGCGGCAACAACCCGAUCAAGUCGCCCAACGCCGCCAAGGGCCCCACCCCCUCGACCUCUCCAGAGGACCACGUCGACGACAUACACAUGCGGACGCCCGCCGACUAUCCUCGACCAAAGGACCCCAACGAGGCCGAGGAGCAUCAGCAGCAGCAGCAGCCGCCCCUCGACGACGACGAGUCCAACAAGGACCGACGCCGCAAGAGGGAAGACGGCCGCAAAAAGGGCAUGAGCUCCGAGGAGGCCAGGCUGCGCAAGAUGGAGGCCCCCGCCGUCCUCGGCAAGGGUGGCCCUGGCAGGAGGAUGAGCGGAUCCACCGCCGGCGUGCGCAUCUCGCAGCCUGCCGGAAAGAUGAUGUCCUGA